AAUCGAGCGAAUGUUUCACUAUCGUCAAGUGUAGGCGCUUUGGCAGUUGCUCGUGAAACUCUGAGAAUAUAUGAGACAGUCGUGUGUGUCGUUUUAACGUUAAACUUAUCGUGUAACAUACAAUUUUUUAUAUUGAAUUUUGUUUUUUUUUUUUUUGUCUUUAAUAAUUGUCAAAAAUUUAACAACAAAAUUGUGGAUUGACAACCAAUUGCAGAACCGUGAUAAAACGGGAUUUUCUUAAUUAAAGAAAAAUUUACAAGGACUGACAAAAAUGGUACCUACAGAUCGCGCUAUUCAAGAAGCCAUACAGGUUUCAUCUUUAGUAUUCUCGGAUGAUGUCAGACGACAGAAAAUUGAAAAUCGCCUUGAACAAAUGCGAUUCUCGGCUGCUACUGUCAGAAAAAUACAGAAUGUUUUCAAAAGUGAAAUGGAAAAAGGCAUCCAUCAGCAAUCAUCAUCACUGCAAAUGGAAAAUACAUAUAUACCGGAACUUCCUAAUGGAUCAGAAGAAGGACUAUUUCUGGCACUUGAUCUUGGAGGAACAAAUUUUCGAGUAAUUCUACUCGAAUUGGUUAAUGGCGUUGCUGUGCGUGAGGACGUGAAAAAAUAUCACAUUCGAGCAGAUCUUAGAACGGGUUCAGGAAUUCCUCUCUUUAACUAUCUUGCCGAAUGUGUCAGUGACUUCGUCAUCAAUGAGGGUCUUCAGGAUGUAGAGCUUCCUCUUGGUUUUACGUUUUCAUUUCCCAUGAUUCAACAUUCAUUGGAUGUUGGUAUAUUAGUGACGUGGACGAAAAGUUUUAAUUGUCCUGACGUAGUUGGCAAGGACGCAGUUCAACUUCUUCGUGAGGCAUUGGAUAGAAGAGGUGAUACUCGAGUUAAUGUUUUAGCGAUUUUGAAUGACACUACAGGAACUUUAAUUCAGGGAGCCACUCAAGAUCCAAAUACGGCUAUUGGAUUAAUUUUAGGAACAGGAAGUAAUGCUUGCUAUCUUGAACGGGCGGAUAAAGUGGAACAUUGGGAAGUUGAACGACAUGGAGAGAGACAGGUGAUAAUCGACAUUGAAUGGGGUGCAUUUGGAGACAAUGGUGUCCUUGACUUUAUUAAGACUGAUUUUGAUCGAGAGAAUGAUGCAAAUUCACUUAUUGUUAAUUCGUUUACAUUUGAAAAGUACAUCAGUGGAAAAUAUCUGGGAGAAAUAGUGAGAGUAAUUUUGGCGAAAUUAACAAAGGAAGGACUCCUUUUUGUAAAUAAUUCUUCAGGCGCUCUUUUAACUCCCGGAAAUCUCACAAGUGACCUUGUUUCUCACAUAGAACAAGAUACAUUGGAUGGUGGUUACAACAAUACAAGAGAAGUUCUUGAAAAAUUUGGAAUUAUACCAGAUCAGGAUGAUUUAAUUGCAGUCCAGUAUGUAUGUGAAGUCGCUUCAAAUCGAGCAGCUCUUCUUGUCUCAGCGUGUAUAUCGGUUUUACUUGAAAGAAUAGACAAAGAAGAAGUAACGAUAGCCGUUGAUGGUUCAUUGUACAAACAUCAUCCCAGACUUAAGGCCUGGAUGAAUCGUUAUAUUCAAUUAUUGGCACCUGGACGAAAGUUCAACUUGAUGAGCGUGGAGGAUGGAAGUGGCAAGGGUGCUGCUAUUGUGGCUUCAAUUGCUCAAAAAUUAAAAAAGCGAUUUGAAUAAUGAAAGAGAGAAAUAAAACUUCAAGAUAGCGCUUUAGAAACACUUGUACAAUCAAAAGUGAGCAAUCUGUUGAUAUGACACAGAAUUUUCUAGCCUUUCAGGUUAUGUUAGACCACCUUGAAUUUUUCCAUUGUAUUCCGAUGUGAAAAUUUAUAGCUGUUCAACAUGACCUUAAGGUUCAAAAGAAAAGCAGUGCUUAAGAAAAAUUAUUAUUACUUUUUUUUUCUUUCACCGUGAUAUCGUUUAUCCAUCUCAGGCAUCAUGUAAUUAUAUAUAAAGUUAAUUUUUAGGUAUUUUGUAAGUUUACUUAUAUAUAUAUGCUAGAUACAUAUAUGUGCCAUUCCAUGAGUUUUUUUUAGCACUAUUCGGAGUAACCUUUCCAAAUUAAAUGAAAAAAUUUUUUUUUAAUAAUAUUUAUUAAUAUAAAGGUCCAAAAUAAUCACUUUUUAAGUAAAAAUAAUUGUUUAUUUAAAAAAUACAACAAUAAAUAAUGAAAAAAAAUUCACUUUUUUUCUGCAACAUCAAAUAAAUUGGUUUAAAGAUCAAAAUUUUCCUUAUUAUACAAGCUUUAAUACCGCACAAAAAAAAUAGAGUAUUUCAAAAUAGUUAACUCACAAUUUAUUAAACAAUGUUUGUUUUCUUUUUUGUAUUUUAUUUAUUGUGAAACGUCUGCUAUAAUUGCGCGCGACGUUCGGAAGUUGUCGCUCUCGUUCUUGAGCAGAAGCUCAUUACACUAGCGUAGUAAAAAGCAUGUUGUGCGAAAAGUGAGGUUAUGUUAUUAAACGAAACGUAAACAUUUCUAGUUAUUACAUUGAAUGGUUUUUAAUUAUCUACUUUGCAGUAAAAAAUCAUAGAAAACAUUUUUGAAGGAUGAAAAACCUCACUUUUCACACAACAUGUUUUUUUACUACGCUAGUGUAAUGAGCUUCUGCUCAAUGACGAGAGCGACAACUACCGAACGUCGCGCGCAGCGUUAGCAGACGUUUCACAGUAAAUAAAAUACAAAAAAGUAAACAAACAUUGUUUAAAAAAUUGUGAGUUAACUAUUUUGAAAUACUCUAUUUUUCUUGUGCGGUAUUAAAGUUUGAAAAAUAAGGAAAAUUUUGAUAUUUAAACCAAUUUAUUUGGUGUUGCAGAAAAAAAGUGAAUUUUUUUUUCAUUAUUUAUUGUUGCAUUUUUUAAAUAAAUAAAAUUGUUUUUACUUAAAAAGUGAUUAUUUUGGACCUUUAUAUUAAUAAAUAUUAUUAAAAACAAAUGUUUCAUUUAAUUUGGAAAGGUUACUCCGAAUAGUGCUAAAAAAACUCAUGGAAUGGCAGAUAUAUAUGCUUAUUGUUUAAUAGAUCUCACAAUCUCAUUGACAACAUGCGUGUUAUUUUUUUUUUUUAAUUUCAUAUUUCACUUAUAUUUUUUUUAAUGUUUAUUGUUUCCAACCAUAAAUAUUUGUUUAUCAUUUUUCACGUGUACGUAACUGAACAUUCCAUGACGAUAGAUUGUUUCAAAAUUGUAAAUCUCUUUUUAAAAGAGAGCAUUACAAUAAAUAUAAUUAAGAAAUGCAUAUCAGGUUUUUCACUACUGCUGUUUUCAAGCACAAUGUAAUAUUUAAAAUUGUCUAAAAACACAUUCCGUAAUGAAUAUAUGUGACGCGCCACAAGAAAAGAAUAGAGGCAAAAAUUUUUAGGUUAUGUUUUGUGAUAGUUUUAUUUUGAUUAAACGUUCAUUUUUAAUUAUGUGAAAUCAAAAUCAGUUUUUAAUGAAUAUUUUUAAUCUAAUGAAGACUUAAACAUGAGUGGUUUAUAAGGGUUAAUCCUUUUAGUGUAUUUUUAAAAAUCACAAACAUAACCUAAAAUUUCUUCCCUUUAUGGUAUCUUUUCUCGUGGGGCGUCAUGUCUUGUAUAUUUUUGACAUUACUCAUUGCUGUAGAAAAAUACAUUUUUUUUU